GACGCCAUGGCCAGAGAGAGAGUAACAGCCGCCCGAGCCCUUUGCAUGAGGGGAUAUCUGCUCACAGCUCUUUUCAGUGUCUGGAUAAAUCUGAUCUAUGGAAUCAAUAUUCAGCUGAUUCCUAAAUAUCCAGUGGUCAAUCAGCCUGUCACCCUCAGUGUCAGUGGGAUCAGUGAGACAAUUCUCUCUUUCUCCUGGUAUAGUAGUUCAGCCAUUAUGAAUUCCUCACUAAUUUUAUCAUAUAAUCCAACUUUGAAGCCCGCGGAGACCCAAGGGCCACAGUACUUCCCUCGAGCCAGCAGCUUCUCAAAUGGCUCAUUACAUAUAGUGGAACUUUCAACAACAGACAGAGGAUAUUACACAGUGCAAGUACAGGCAGAAAGUUUAACAUCACAGACUAUAGACCUGCCUGUAUAUGUCCCUGUGGUUAAACCAGUGAUCAGGACAAGCAGCCAGCGGCCUGUGGAAUAUGAAGAGAUCGCCCUUACAUGUACAGCAGCCAAUGCACAGAGGUUCUUAUGGAGCAGAAUUGGUGGCAAAAUUCCUUCUGGAGUCAAAUACAGUUCAAAUAAUGAAAGUAUGAUUAUUUCCAGGAUAACAUUAUCAGAUGCUGGAAAGUACCAAUGUGAAGGCAUGAAUCCAGCCAGCAUGAAUAUCAGUGAGACCUACACUCUGUCCCUAUACUGACAAGUUAACAGCCAACAAAAGUCAUCUGAAAUAUAUGAUGAUGUGAUUGAUGGAACAAAGGGACAAAACCCCACAGUGGAAUCUACAUACACAGGGCUGCAGCAUCGGCCGGAUCACACCUACUGUGACCUUAACAUGGGACAGACAUAAAAGCGAUAAUGCCAAUCAGUCAAUGCCUUCAUCUCUUGAUGCCUUCAGUACCUAUUCCAUCUAAAUACCAAUUCACCUCUUAAAUGUAUAUUAAAAAAAUGUAUAUUGAAUGUAUAUUAAAACAAAAUGUAUCAAUUAAUGUUUCAUUCCAACACAGUUCAUACCAAUUACAUACUCAUAGGUUACGUAACAUUUAGCUUCUGAAAGCUGCAUUACAUUAUCUUACAGUACAACCUUUUUUUUUUAAACUAGAAUUUAUAAUGUUCUGCACAACAACAAUGAUCUGAACAAUAACAUAUAUACCCUGUAGAAAGUAUAUAGUAUGAAUAUACUAAAUGCUACCUGGAUAGCAUAUUGUAAUAAAG